AUGCACUUCUCACUCUCCUCUGCUGUCUUCCUCCCUUUACUACUUCACUCUCUUAUUUCUUCCGUAUCGGCAACUUACUGGAAUACGACAAAGCAUUUUGACCUGACCAUAACAUGGGAUAACUACGCCCCAGAUGGCUUCUCGCGGAAGAUGCUGCUCGUGAACGGCCAGUCGCCUGGUCCUGUGCUUGAGAUCGAUCAGGACGAUAAGGUUGUAGUUAAGGUGCAUAAUCAGUCGCCCGAGGACAUCACCGUUCACUAUCACGGCCUCGAAAUGAAAGGCACGCCUUGGUCUGAUGGUGUCCCCGGGGUGACGCAACAUCCUAUCAAACCAGGAUGCAGCUUCACUUACAAGUUCACCGCCACACAAUACGGCAGCUUCUGGUACCACUCUCACUUCCGCGGCCAGAUAGAAGACGGAUUAUACGGAGCCAUCAUCAUCCACCCUCGACCAUACGAGCCGAAUCCUUUCCACUUGAUCGCCGACGAUGAGGAGACUUUGCACGCAAUUACAAAAGCUGUGAAACACGUCAAGCCUAUUGUGGUUUCUGACUUCGUGCAUCUUACCUCGAAUGACAAGUGGGAUAUGACGGUGGCGGCUGGGAUUGAAGAUUCGUGCUAUGAUUCUAUCCUCAUCAACGGCAAGGGGAGAGUAGAGUGUCUGCCCCAGGAUGUUAUCGAUGCCAAUUUGAAUGAGAUUCAGAAGAGUUACCUGUCACUUGUGCCUGGGAGUUCUGGGUUCUCAGACAAGGGAUGUCUCCCUGCUUCUAUUCUCAAUGCUCUCGCCGGCGGACUAGGAAAUGAGGAUGCUCUUCUCCCAGGAACCUUCUCCGGCUGCACGCCCACAGAAGGACAGCUCGAGGUCAUCAAAGUCUGCAACGAGGGCUAUGCUACUUCUACAUGGGUCGCUUUCGAUGUCGUAGCCGCCGUCAACUUCGUCAAUGGAGCUUUCUCCAUCGACGGGCACGAUCUGUGGGUGUAUGCCAUGGACGGAGCUUACAUCACGCCUCAGAAAGUCCAGGCCAUCAACCUCGCCAAUGGAGAUAGAUACUCCAUCGUUGUCAAGAUCGAGAAGUCAGGCGAUUUUAAGAUUCGCUACAAUUCGAAUAGUGCGCCGCAGAUCAUCACAGGCCAUGCGAUUCUCUCCGUGGAGGGCUAUGGGUAUGCUCAAGAGGCUGAACCUUGGAUCAACCUCGUUGGACUUCCUGUGUCGAAGGAAGUUAUCUUCUUCAACCAGAUGGUUGCAUUUCCCUACCCGCCUGUGGCGAUAUCGCCUACUGCGGAUGUCACUUUUAAUCUGAGCAUGGCCAUCAAGGGAGCUUCGUAUCUCUGGGCACUGAACGAGACCGGCCUCAUGCCAAAGGAGCUCGACGACCGAAAGCCGACGCUGUUCAACCCGCAGCCGUACAUCAACAACAACGUCACCAUCUCGACCAAACUUGGCCAAUGGGUUGAUCUUGUCUUCGUCGCGGCGUUGUUCCCCCAGCCGCCUCACCCCAUCCACAAGCACGGCUCUAAGAUGUACAUGCUCGGUACAGGAACCGGUCUGUUUAGAUGGAACUCCGUCGAAGAGGCUGUCAAAGAGAUCCCUGAUCAGUUCAAUCUUGUCAAUCCGCCUCGUCGCGACGCGUUCCUCUCGGCGCCGGCGGAUAAGGAGCCUAGUUGGGUGGUUGUUCGAUAUCAUGCUGCCGAUGCUGGGCCGUGGUUGCUUCAUUGUCAUAUCAACAACCAUAUGGUGGGUGGUAUGAUGAUGGUUAUUCAGGAUGGUGUCGAUGCUUGGCCUGAAGUGCCUGAGGAGUACGCUGAGGGUGGUGAUGGGGAAUAA